GCUGCACCUUUAAGAGCGCCCGGCCGGGUGGGAUGGUGCGUGGUGUGUGAAGGCAACACAGAGGAAGUUACGCAGCCUGAAUCAGGCGCGGGGAUAAAAGCUCUGCUGGUGAUUGAAAGUGAUGGCCAAAAGGAUUUGAGGCUCCGUGCCUGAACUUGGAGAGAGAGAGAGAGAGAGAGAGAGAGAGAGAGAUGCCAGCUAUCUAUCCAUCCCUCUCUUUGCAUCCAUCAUCUACCCGCCCUUGAGUGCCAGCGAGGGGGAUCGGAGCCGUCCUGCCCGCAGAGAGGCUGAGCAAAGGAGAGCCAAGGCUUCUUAUCUGCGCUGUGUGUGUGUGUGUAAAACCCUCCCCAGACCGACCCGGGAGGGGAGGGAGGGGGAGCGAAGGGUGGGGAGCGAAGGGGAUGAAGAAGAGCGGGAUCCUCUGGUGGGGCGUUUUCUUUCCGAAAGGAAAAAGUUGAACUUGGCUCCUCUCUCUAUCCACCCUCCCGGGCGCUGCCAUCGUACCCAGACCUCGCUUUGGAAGCCCAAAGGAAGGAAGCGGAGAUUUUAAAAAGCGAGAGGAAGGAGAAGAAGAGAGAGGAGGAGAGAGGAAAGGGAGGAAAGGGACUUCUCUCGCCUCCUUCCCACCCCGACCCCCCUUGGCCGGGCAGUUCGCUUCGCACACAACUUUGUGUAUUGCAGAGGGGCGAGGAUCCCCCAACGGCGUCCAGAUCGCGGGCGGGACGCGCUGGGUUCCCGAGGGCACCCCGGAGGCUGCGAGCGAGGCUAGGGCUCGCCUUGCGUUCAGGGAAGCCAUCCAUCCCUCCGCCCUGCGCGCCGCCUCGAUCUGGGGCUCUCUCUCUCUCUCUCCUUUCUCUCUGCUCCGUCACUGCGCCGGAUUACAGGAGCUGCGGAUGCCGGCAGUUUUCGCGAAGGAGUUAGCUGCUUUCUCCUUAUGUCGUCAAGGAGAAGCAAGAAAAACUCAGGAGGAUCCUCAGUCUGUAGCCGGAAGCUUUGGAUACUUUGCGAUAAAGUUGGUGGAAGCCAGCAGUAGUUUUCUAUGAGUGCCUCCCUUCUCUUGAAAGAAGACAAAAGCACACCAGAAAACACCCACAGAUAUAUCCAAAUUUUUUUGUUUUUUGUUUUUAAAAAUAGAUAGGCCACAGCUCCGUCAACAGUGGACAAAUUUGCCAAGUCAAACUUCUCUUGAGCCACACACUUACUUUCAAGGAAACUGUAUUCCCAAAGAUUUGAUUAAUGCCCUUUCCAAAUUCCAUAUCAUGCUACAUUAUUUUUUUACAUAAAAUAUUUCCCCCCUUAAAAUAAAACAAAGCAUAUUGCAGCUUCAAAGCACUUUAGAAAGCUUCACGUUGUAGCAGAUGGGGAAAUAAGAUUGAAGAAAACUUGAUCUAGCCCCAACCGCAUUGCCUCCUUCUACCCCCCCCCCUCCACUGAUCAAAUUUCGUCAUAGAAUCAGAACUCGAUAGUUCUAUCGAUUGAUUGAGGAGAGUCACCUCUAGAUAUUUUCACACUGAUUUGGAUGAUCAUUUAUGCACACACACACACACACACACACACACACUGAAGUUAAGGAAGACUUUUGAUGACUGAUCAGCAGGCCUGGAAAGGUUUGCCCAAAUUCUCUGAACAAGUUCAUCUAGAAAUGUAUUGGCUGUAACAGAGACUUUCUUCUUGCCUAAACACGCAUUUCAAGCAUCAUCAACAGGACCUCCUAAGUGUUUGCUGUUUGUAUUAGAUGUGGAGUUUCCAUGCUGAUCCCGAAAGCCUCCCCUUGCCAGGAUCUGCCUUGCUCAAAACUUUAGGCAUCUCCUUUGCCCAGGAUCCUUGCGCUUAGUCACAGCUGCCAUGCUGCACCACGCUGCUUUCUUAUUGCACUGCCUCCCACUGGUCAUGGGACAGUAUGACAUCUGCAAAUCCUGGGUGACCACAGACAAUGGGCCAAUGUGGGAAUUUUACGCUUGCCAACCCAGGGCCGUGCCCAUGAAGGAAUACGCAACAGUGCGAGUGGAGCCAUCAGGAAUCACCUGCGGGAACCCACCCCAGAAAUUUUGCACUCAUGAAAACCCAUAUAUGUGUGAUGAGUGUGAUGCAUCCAACCCUGACCUGGCCCAUCCACCCAAGCUGAUGUUUGACAAAGAAGAUGAAGGCCUGGCGACAUACUGGCAGAGUGUGACAUGGAGCCGUUACCCGGAGCCUUUGCUGGCCAACAUCACACUUUCUUGGAACAAGAGCAUUGAGCUGACUGAUGACAUCAUAGUGACUUUUGAGUAUGGGCGUCCCACAAUGAUGAUCCUGGAAAAGUCCUUGGACAAUGGGAGGACUUGGCACCCAUAUCAAUACUAUGCAGAUGAUUGCAACGAAACCUUCGGCAUGCAAGCGCGGAGGGUCAGGAACCUCUCCACCACCAGCGCCAACAGGGUCAUCUGCACAGAUGAGUAUUCCCGCUGGCCGGGCUCCAAGAAAGAGAAGAAUGUACGCUUUGAAGUGAGGGACCGCUUUGCCAUUUUUGCUGGGCCGGAACUCAAGAAUAUGGACAACCUUUACACCAGGCUAGAGAGUGCCAAAGGGCUGAAGGACUUCUUCACCAUGACGGACUUGCGGCUGCGGCUGCUGAGGCCAGCACUAGGGGGCACCUACGUGCAGCGGGAGAACUUGUUCAAGUACUUCUAUGCUGUCUCCAACAUUGAAGUCACGGGCAGGUGUAAAUGCAACCUCCAUGCCAAUCUGUGCACCUUCAAAGAGGGAAGCCUCCAGUGUGAGUGUGAGCACAACACAACCGGUCAGGACUGUGGGCGAUGCAAGAAGAACUUCCGCAGCAAGUCUUGGCGGGCAGGAUCCUACCUGCCCCGCCCCAAUGGCUCUGCUAAUGUCUGUGCAGCUCCAAACUUUGGCAAAUCUCCCAAGAUGUCCAAACUCAUCCGGCUCAAAUCUGGCUCCAUCCCACUGGCACCUGUUGAAACGUUUAAAGAUUGUGAAUGUUACGGUCACUCUAAUCGCUGCAGCUUCAUUGACUUCCUGAACCUAGUGACCUGCAUCAGCUGCAAACACAACACUAGGGGGCAGCACUGCCAGCACUGCCGGCUGGGCUACUAUCGCAAUAGCUCCGCAGAGCUGGAUGAUGAGAAUGUAUGUGUGGAUUGCAACUGCAACCGUAUAGGCUCAGUGGCCAACCGCUGCAACGAGACCGGCUACUGUGACUGCAAAGAAGGUGUCACCGGGCCAAAGUGUGAUGACUGUCUGCCCGGCUACUACUGGAGACAAGGCUGCUUUCCUAAUGUGUGCGACGAGGAGCUGUUGAUUUGCCAGAAUGGGGGCACUUGUUAUGACAACCAGCGCUGUCUCUGCCCACCCAACUUCAGGGGUGUCCUCUGUGAGCAAUCCAAAUGUGAGGGAGAAAACAAGGAAUGUGACUCUGCCUCAAGCACGUACCUCAACCUCUCGGCCUUCCUCAUCAGCGUGCUGGGCCUGCAGCUGCAACACUUUUUGGACCUUUGAAGCCCAGGAAACCAGGGGGAGGGGGGGGGAAUGCCUCAUGGAAGGACAAGAGGGGAAGGAGGGAGGGUGCUCACAAGUUAAGGGAGCAGGGGGUUGUCUCUCUCUCUCUCUCUCCCCACCACCAGCCUCUCUUUCCUCCAUCCAACAGGGAAGUGGGGAGAGAAGCAGAAGGUAUUCAAGGGACUGUAUUCUCCCCCUUCUGCCCAAGUAGCUGAGGACCCCGGCUGGAGGCAGCUGCAACAUUUCAGAGGCAGAACUGACUCUUUAUCACUGGGAAGAAACAAGGUGCCACGACUUUGGGGUGGGGCAGUGGCGCUGGCAAAAGACUUGCCUCGCUUCCUCUUUCUGUUCAAGGGUGACCUUGCGACCCCCGUUCCACUUUGCACAGGAGGAAUCUGCCAAACGAAAACAUGCCACAAUCCUCUGGCGCUUAGUUGCUUGGCUAUCUCUCCUCUGUCCCUUUUCCUUUCCUCCUUACUCUUAUUGUUUUGGAAGUAGCCCUCCUAACAGAGACUGGCAGCUAUAGAAAGUCCAGGCUGCGGGGCAGGGAACCUGCAAGAUUAUACCCACCUUGCAUCAUCAGCCUGCUCCAGCCCAGGCCUAGAAUUAUAUUGUUGCCUACAAAUCAAGUUGCUGAAUUUAUUAAGUUUUUGUACUUUUUUCAGUUUUUAUUCCGUUGGUUGUGAGUCUUCGAUUCCCCCCUCCCCCUUUUCUCGCACUCAAGACCAGAAGUGAACAAGGCCUCUGUAUCGCGACAAAAAAGUGUAAUGUGUGUUAUCCAGGCUUCACCGUAUAGUUUACGGUUCUCAAAUACUUUUUAUUUUGGUAGAGAAUUAUUUUUGUUUGGAUUAUAAAUGUUCUAAAGAGAGAGAGAAGAAGAAGAAGAAAAAGAUGAACCACCACAGCCUCUAGAGACACAUCUUACCAUAAGUGUUAUGGUGUAAUAAUCCUACUACAGUAAAGCAACCUAAUAACUGCU